AUGUACAGACUCUCGACGCUUUGCGUCGUCCCGAGAUCCAUUGAUGAGCCGAUUGGCCAAGAGCCCUCCCAGCGUAGAUUCCACCAAGUGCCGCUUGCCCUUAUUUGGGUCCUUGUCAAUGACGUGGUCGGUUACAGCAGCGCCGACAGCGGCCGUCGCGACUCGGGCGCCCUUGCUGCCUGUCCACGUCCCGGGUUGGUGUCGCUGGCGAAUGGCCUCGAUGGCGGCGGCGUCAACUGCUGCUUUGGCGACGUGGCCGAGCCGCUCGUUGGAGAGAGAGGAGCUCCUGGGUCGCCUGGAACCGCCGUGGUCUCUAUGGUGAGCACGGUGAUGGUGGUGAGGCGGUCGGCGCUCAGGGGAUGGGGAGUGAUUUCGAUGUCCGUGGUGAUGUCUGGAUCGCGGUGGGCUUCGGAGCCUCUCCCUGUGAGCGUGAUCUAG